AUGCUAAAAGCCACCUCCCGCGCAAUCCGCGCGCGCAACCAAGCGAUGCGUAAGCUGGCCCGAGUGCGGGAGCACAACAAACGCAUGCGGAUAAAAGAGGCUAUGGGAAUCCGCACACAGAUCCAGCGUGUCGCGCGCACGGAGCAGAAGCAGUCGCGACGGGAGGCGAAAGAGGACCGUAUGCUGGGGCCGCUGGCACCACGGCGGGCGAUGACGUCGGCGGAAGCGGACGAGAUGAGCGUGGUCGUGGGCGAACGGGCACGGCCGUUGCCAAUCCGGAAGGAAGAGCGGGUCGAACAUUGGAACAUUGUGCCGGGCGAUAGGGUCGUUGUCUUAGCCGGGGCGGACAGGCAUAAAAUCGGGGUCGUCAAAAGCGUGGAUAAGGCCACGGCCACGCUGACGGUUCAGGGGAUUAAUAUGGUUGGUUUGAGUUUCUCUCACAGAUGGGGGGAGGGCUAACGAAUGGGUGGAUGGGUGGAGUUAGGCACCGAUGAAAAUCCCAGAUGCAGUAUUUCAAUUAGAUACCAAGCAACAGAGGAUCUACUAUUCCGAGCUCCCGGUAAGCUACCACGAUGUCCGCCUCGUCUAUCCCCUCCCCGACCCCUCCACGGGCGCCCUCCGCGAUACGAUAAUAGCAAACAUCGAAAUGUCCAAAAUAUGGCACAACAAGACCGGAACCUCUUCCUGGAGACGCCUCGUGCCGGGAAUGGAAGGCGUAGUGAUCCCUUGGCCACCAAAGGAGAAACCGAAAUACGUUGACUACCCCGGCGACACACGGAUAAUGGAUGUGGAGAUGCACAGCUACUUCCCCACACUGCUCGUCCCGCCAUUCCCACUGGAGGUCAUCGAUGAGCUCAGGAAUAAGUACUCCAAAUUCAGGACCCGUCAUGACCCCGCAUGGGUCGCGAAGCAGGAGGCCAAAGAUGCAGCACAGAAGGCCAAGGACGGAAAACAAAUACUGACAGCUGUGCAAGAGCUUAAUCGGAAGUUGAGGAAGGAGAGGAAGGCGCUGGGUCCGCCGCAGUUGUCGGAUCCAGACUUAGAGUAUAUUGGACGGGUUAUGGCACAGAAUCGGCCGGAGCUUUUAGAAAGUCUACCUCCUGUAUCGCCCCCGGCACAGGAGGUGACGGUUUAG